GACUACGUCCUUGUUCAUAUAGGCAGUCAUGUUUUUCUGUAGUAUCUCUGGCGAGCCCCCGCAGGACCCGGUCGUUUCUUCAAAAUCUGGCCAUGUUUAUGAACGUCGGUUGAUUCUUAAAUAUAUCAACGACAAUGGCACCGACCCAUUAACGGGAGAGAAGCUCGAGGAGUCUGACCUGUUGACUGUCAAAGCCAACCCCAAAGCUGCACCUCCACGACCCCCUGCCGCAACUUCAACCCCUGCUCUGUUGCAUAUGCUUCAAAAUGAGUGGGACGCCUUAGUGUUGGAGAUGUUUGCCUUGAAGCAACAGUACAACUCUACUCGCCAGGAGCUGAGUUAUGCUCUAUACGCACAAGAUGCGGCCAGUCGCGUCAUAGCUCGCCUCAUAAGAGAACGCGAUGCUGCCAGAGAAGCUCUGGCUAAUGUUCAGGCAACUAUGGGAAUUACUCCAGCAAACGGCGCGACCGAAGACGUGGAAAUGGCUGAAGAAAAUGGAGCUCAGGAAGGCGCUCUCCCCAAAGAGAUCGUCGACCAGAUUGAGGAGACUCAGCAAAAUCUCUCUGCUACCCGCAAAAAGCGCAAGGCUCCUGCUGGUUACACGAGUGCCGCAGAAGUGAAGACAUUCGUUGCAACACACACCAUCCCGUCGUUGCACUCGGCCUCUCCUGCUGGCAUGACUUCUCUUGCCGUUUCCCGUCUUAACCCAUCUCAGUUCCUUUCGGGUGGUAAUGACAAAAUUGUCCAGCUGUACGAUAGAAGUACAGAUAAGGUAUUGGCCUCCCUCAAAGGUCACACGAAGAAAGUCAACCACGUCGCGUUCCGCGAGUCUGAGGGCGAAUCCACUUUCCUCUUGUCUGCCGGUGCAGACAAAAUCGCCAAAGUCUGGGCGCAUGAUAGCGCCUCUGGCGAGUACAUACCAAAAGCAACCAUUCGGACGCACAAGGGAGAACUCACUGGCCUCGUUGUACACCCUACGAACUCCAUAUUUGCAUUGUCUUCUCUGGACAAGACAUAUUCACUUCAUGAACUCUCCAACUUUACUCAGGUGUACCGGUCAGCUCCUGCAGACGAUCCUUACACAGCCCUUGCAAUUCAUCCUGACGGUGCUCUCCUUGCAUUGGGUACUCCCUCAUCCAAGAUUCAAAUAUGCGACGUCCGCUCUGGUGCAGUGGCUGCAUACAUCACACCACCAGAUGCCUCGCCUUUCACCGUCAAUUCACUCUCGUUCUCAGAAAAUGGCUACCAUCUCCUCGCUCCCGACAGCCCCUCUUCCGUUGCCAUCUGGGACCUGAGGAAGAUGAAAACUACACACACCAUUCCGCUCGGGGACGGAUUCAAAGUCAACAAGGUGGUGUACGAUUACAGCGCACAGUACCUGGGAGUGGCAGGCAACGAAGGCAUCCGUGUGUUUGCUCAUAAGUCGUGGGAUGAGCUUGCACGCUUCGAGGAAGCGGGUGAUGUGUCGGAUAUGGUGUUUGGCGAGCAGGGCAAGGAGAUCUGGGCUACGAGCGGAAGGGAAGUCAGGAUCUGGGGUUUGCCUGCAUAAUUGUACGACUGUUCUUGUUCUCGUCAAUAUUAUUCCUGCUGUAUUUCAUCCCGCCGUUGCACCGGCUUUGGUUUGCAACUUGAAAAUUAUGGUGAUGUUGAUGU